CGAUAUCGUAUACUUGACUAAAGUCUAUAAAUAAUUUGUGCGUUCUUCGGGGGCAGAAAACAAGACGGUCGGGGGGCUUCGAUGCAAGUCCAGCCCAUCAGACGGACUCCCUCCCUCCCGACUCGUUCAGCUAGCGAGAGAUCUAAGAAAACGACGAAGGUUGAAGAAGUAGCGAAUCGAGCGAUCUCGCGAAGGAGCUGGCAGUCCUCGUUGAGUCAAUCGACAAGGAAGCUGUUGCAGAGAAGAGACUAAAAUCUGAGUUCGCAAGAGGAAGCACAAAAAUGGCGCGCAGGGCUUUUGCCGCCUCUUCAAUGGCAGUGGUUGCUCUCUGUAGGGGGUCCCAGGGAUUCAAGAAUCUCCUCCCCGUUUCUCUUCCCCGUGUCCCUCUUCGCCAUUUUCACUCUCCCAGUAGCUUGGAUGAUGUUCUAUUCAAGGUUUUCAGACAGAAACUCGAUGUUCGGCCUCUCUGUGAUGCAAAAGGGCUGUCCUUGGCUGGGUGUCUACAAGCUCAUCAGCGUCCAUUGUCAAAUUUGGUGGACAAAGUUGUAGAGCUGCCAAACCAUUCUGAAAGCAGUGGCACAGUAGAUGGACCUGGUGAAGCAAAAUCGAGGAGGAAAAAGCUGAAGGGGAAAAGAGCUGUUGUCAGGUGGCUUAAAUUUUUCAGAUGGAAGAAGAAGAAAGAGUAUGGAAGAAUGACAGCAGAAGAGAAGAUUUUAUUCAAGCUCAGAAAGGCUCGAAAGAAAGAGGAGAAUCUUGCUGAAUCUUUGAAAAAGAUUGAACCUGCAGAAUCAUCCGAACCAACCCAUGAUCCUGAGAUAUUGACUCCGGAAGAGCACUUCUUCUUUCUGAAGAUGGGCCUUAAGAGCAAGAAUUAUGUGCCAGUUGGGCGAAGGGGAAUAUACCAAGGUGUAAUACUUAACAUGCACUUGCAUUGGAAGAAGCAUCAGACGGUGAAAGUGGUGGUGAAAACCUUCUCACCAGAAGAGGUUAAGGAAAUUGCUGCUGAACUCGCUAGAUUGACCGGGGGGAUAGUUCUUAACAUUCAUGAGGAAAACACUAUAAUUAUGUAUCGAGGGAAGAAUUAUUGUCAGCCGCCAACAGAAAUAAUGUCGCCCAGGAUCACUUUGUCGAGGAGGAAGGCACUGGAUAAAUCCAAAUACAGGGACGGUUUAAGAGCAGUUAGAAAGUAUAUUCCACGACUUGAACAGGAUCUUGAGUUGCUUCAAGCCCAGGCUCAAAACGAAGUUGAGGUUGAAAAAGAGGUGGUUGGCGAAAUCCAGACAACAGAUAGCAAAUCAAAAUUGCAGCUGGCAAAUUCUGAGAAGCUGAGAGAAAUUUUGGGGGGAAAUGAUGAAUCGAUUGAUGAUGACCCUAACGUGGAUUUGGGCUUAGAAUCAGAUUCUGAAGAUUUAUCUGAUAUUUUUGAGACAGAAACCGAGGCUGAUUCUGAGGACAGGGGGGAAGAGGACCUGUUUCUGGACAUAUUUGAUAAGUUUCCUGUGGAAACUGCCGGAGAGUCCGAGGAAUUUGAGGAUCACUUGUGUCAAAUAUCCAGGGAUUCAAGAAAUGUGAAACCAUUAUCUAAAAAUGCUGACUCUCCAGACCUUGAUGAGGUCGACAGGCUGUUUCUGCAUGCAGCUUCGCAGUUGAAGAGAAGUAGAAGAUAGUUUCUUCAAAUUAGUAAAGUCUUCAGCAUAAUCACCAGACAGCUAACAUUUCAAAAGUUAGCUAUCUGGUGUGGUCAAGAGAUGCAUUUCUAAGGUCAGCUGUUAGCUUUGGUUGGGGGGCACUUAAAGUUGUAUUAGUCUGGCGUGCCUCUUGUUAAUGUUCUGCAAGCAGAAGUGGCAAUGGCAUCAUAUGUAUAUGAUAGAAAUUCGCCUUUUUUCCAUGAAGCUGUGAGUGUUGAGCUUUUUCGGUAAGGUUUAGGAGAGAAUGACAACCUCUUCGGUCCUGCUUUCCUUUGCUGUGCUUUGCCAAGCCACUCCAGGGAAGCACACCUUGAAAUUCAGAAGUUCGAUGGCAAACUGAACCAUCGCGGGCUUGCAAUUGUAUUUCGGCGGUCAUUGUGCGUCUGACUAUUUGUAUGGAGCAACCGGACUGAAAUCAUUCAUUGCUCAUUCAAAUGCGGUCAUUUAAUUCUCUCCAUUUUUCGCCACUAAUGUACGUUGCUUUGUGAGGAUGAA